AUGUUUGCAUGUGAUCAAGAUAUAACUGAUUGGCUUGCCUCUUGGCACCGUGAAUUUCAAAGGCACAGAGAUUUUUUUGAUAGUUUGCUGGGUUCACUAAAAGAAUACUUUUAUGGGGCUAUAGAU